CACAUGGAUGUCAGGAAUCAGACACGGGUGGCAGAGUUCAUUUUCCUGGGAUUCUCGGGGGUUCCACAUGGCCAAAUCUAUCUCUUCUUGGCAUUCCUAGCCAUCUACAUGGUUACUGUCAUUGGGAACUCUGUGAUCUUCACCUUGAUCCAACUGGAUUCCCACCUUCACAGCCCCAUGUACUUUUUCCUCAGCCAUCUGUCCUGCCUGGACAUCUGCUACUCCUCCGUCACUGUCCCGAAGAUCCUGGUGAACUUCCUGCACCAGCAACACACCAUUUCUUACCACCAGUGCAUGGCACAGAUGUUCUUCUUGAUGACCUUCGCGGGCUCAGAGUGUGCACUCUUGGCCGUCAUGGCCUACGAUCGCUACGUGGCCAUCUGCCAACCGCUGCACUAUAGCCAACUCAUGAGCAGUCAGGUGUGUGUCCCUCUGGCCGUGGCUUCGUGGAUCUGGGGCCUUCUGGACUCUGCCCUCCACACUGCCCUGGCCACCAACUUGUCCUUCUGUGGAGCCAACCAGAUUCACCACAUCUUCUGCGAUGUCCCGCCGCUCCUGAAAAUCGCUUGCAGCAACACUUACAUCAACGAGGUGGCCCUUCACGCCGCGACUGUUUUCGUGGGCGUGGGCCCAUUCAUGCUUGUGCUCAUCUCAUACAUCUACAUCCUGGCCGCCAUCUUGCGCAGCAACUCCAAAACUGGUAGGCGCAAGGCCUUUUCCACCUGUGCCUCCCACCUGAUUGUGGUCAUCCUCUACUUUGGGACGGCCAACCUGAACUACAACCGUCCCAGCUCCGGCUACUCCUUGGAGAUAGACACCCUGGUCUCCACCCUGUAUUGCAUCAUCACCCCCAUGCUGAACCCCCUCAUCUACAGCCUCCGCAACAAGGAGGUGAAGGGAGCCCUGUGGAAGGUGCUGGGGGGGCAGAGGAAGAAAUACACUUCACCAGUCAGGCAGUGACAGGUGAGCUUAGCAGGAGGGCUCCUCUGCUCGGACCCCCACCCUAGUGAUGA